CUUCAGAAAAGGUAUUUGAUAAUGCGGAAUAAAACGGCUUAUCGUAUGUUAUGUGAUGAGAAAGAAAAUGAAAGCGCUGUUCCAGUGUACAUUCAACUGACUCUGGGUGCUUUGGGAAACAUUUUGGCUGUAGUUUUACUGUGGUUGAGCCGCCAUGAGCAUAAAUGGCAGUCCUUCUAUGUCCUCUUCUCUGGUUUGGUAAUGACGGACCUGAUUCAUAAUUGUGUGUGCUAUCCUCUGGUCCUUCAAAGGUAUAUUUCUCACUUUACUUGGUGUUUUCCAGAAGAAAUAUGUGAUUUAUUUUCCUUCAUGGAGGCCUUUUUCCACCUUGCAUCCGGCUUGACUAUCGGAGUAAUGACCGUUGAUAGAUAUCUACAUAUGAAAAAUAAACGUCAACGAAUUUCCAGAUUUAAUUAUGUUACCCUGUUUUGUAGCCUUCUAAUUAUAUCAGGAGUAAUUUCAAGUCUACAGCUUAUAGGAGUAGGUAACAGUCAAUUGUUUUACCCUGGAUCUUGGUGUUUUCUUGAUUUUACGAGUAGAUCUGUGGGUAAUAAAAUUAACGCUUUUAUUUAUUCUUUAACUGGAAUUAUCAUUAUGUUGGUGACUAUUGUAAUUGGACUAAUAACCAUUUUAAUGACGUGUAGAAGCAACGAGCAUCAAGCAUUACUACUCGAUAAUCAACUUGUGAGUGGUAUAUAUGACAGUCACGUGACCAAGUUUCUUGUCAUUUCGAUGUUUACAUUCGUCCUCUUGUGGGGACCUCUAUUGAUUGACAUCUUACUACAUGCAACGGACCUGACAACAAGCAACAAUAGAAAAGAACUAUGGCUUGUUCGGUUGAUGUACUUGAAUACACAGAUAAAUCCCUGGCUCUACGUAAUUCUGCGGAGAGAGAGUGUACGCAGAUUUUUCGUGUUGAGUUUGAGGUGUAGAAGACAGUGCUGUUCUGGAGAUGAAGGGAAUGAACAAUAUAAUGAGGAGGUUCACAACUUUGUUAGGGAUGAUGAUGAUGAUGACGAAGGUUUCAGCAGCUCUUAAUCUUCAAUCAAAUUUUUGUUCUUCCAUA